GCGAGCAGCCGCGCGCAGAGCCGCCCGGGAGGAGCUGGUCGAGCAGGACGCGGCGCAACCCAGCCCAUCCGAGGGAGCAGCAUGAAGGCGUCCGGCGCUCUGCCGCUGGCGCUGGGGCCUUGGCUCGCCGUCUCGCUGCUGGUGGUUGUCCGCUCUGACUUCUGUGAAGUGAAUCACUGUCAGAAUGGAGGUACUUGCCUCACUGGGAUCGAUGACUCUCCCUUUCUCUGCAUCUGUCCAGAAGACUUCACUGGGAUUGAUUGCAAUGAGACUGACAAAGGUCCGUGCCACCCAAAUCCAUGCCAGAACAAUGGUGUGUGCCAGCUGGUUCCCAACCGGGGAGAUGUCUUCUCAGAAUUUCUCUGCAAGUGCCCCUGGGGGUAUAAAGGCAAACUCUGCGAGAGCAACAUGAAUGAAUGUGCUCUCCAGCCGUGCAAGAAUGGAGGGACCUGCGUGGAUCUAAACGGUGACUAUGCCUGCAAGUGUGCUUCCCCCUACCUGGGAAAGACCUGCAAUAUCCGCUGUGGGAAUGCGCUGGGCAUGGAGACAGGUGCCAUUGCAGACACCCAACUCGCCGCUUCUUCUGUGCAUUUUGGGUUCCUUGGCGUGCAGCGCUGGGGCCCUGAGCUUGCUCGCCUCAACAACAAGGGGAUCGUGAAUGCUUGGACCUCCAGUAACUACGACAGAAACCCAUGGAUUCAGGUAAACCUGCUGAGAAAAAUGAGGUUGUCUGGUAUCUCCACACAAGGGGCACGCCGUGUAGGCCGGGCCGAGUUUGUCCGGGUGUACAAAGUAGCCUACAGCCUUGAUGGGCGUGAGUUCACAUUCUACAAGGACGAGGAGCAAGGUCAUGACAAGGUUUUCUCAGGCAACAUAGAAAAUGACGGCAUAGUGACCAAUGACUUCAGUCCUCCAAUCAUAGCCCAGUAUAUCCGCAUCCACCCUGUGCUCUGUCGCAGAGCCUGCACCAUGCGCUUUGAACUGACUGGCUGUGAGAUGAAUGUGUAUUUCAACAUGGCAGGUUGCUCGGAGCCGCUGGGCAUGAAAUCCCACCUCAUCUCUGACCAGCAGGUCACGGCCUCCAGUGUGUACAAGACGUGGGGCAUUGACGCAUUCACUUGGCAUCCCCACUAUGCUCGCCUUGACAGGACGGGCAAGACCAACGCCUGGGCAGCCCUCUACAACAAGGAGGACGAGUGGCUUCAGAUUGAUCUUCAGAAUCAGAAGAAGGUGGCUGGGAUUAUCACCCAGGGGGCUCGUGACUUUGGGCACAUUCAGUACGUGGCAGCCUACAAAGUGGCCUAUAGUGAUGAUGGACGGUCCUGGACCCUUUUGAAGGACAGCAGGACCAACAACACCAAGGUAUUUGAAGGCAACCACGACAAUUACUCGCACAAGAAGAACGUGUUUGAUGUGCCCUUCUAUGCACGGUUUGUGCGCAUCUUGCCCGAAUCCUGGCACAACCGCAUCACAUUGCGUGUGGAGCUUUUGGGCUGUGACGAGUAGGUUCCUUCGGUGUGGGAACCACAGAGUGGAGAGUGGACCAGUUUCUCUUCGUCCUUUUUGACCUUCUCCCUUAGACACGGGGCAUUUGCUGUUCUGACAUUUUCUCCCUGCCUUGCCAUUGAUAAAGAUGCCAUCCCCCAUGUGGGUCAGAGUGUCAGAGGAACAGUGUUACCCCACUUCCCCAGGUGGAGCUAGCAGCUAUGCAAAAAUGGGGGUCUUUCUGUCUCCGCAUGCUGUCUUCCCUCCCCACAUCUCAGUCUUGCUUUUAGGGAAUAUGCAGCAGCCUAGUCACUCUCCUUGCAACUUCAUACCUGGCCAGCCUUGACUUCUCAUGGCUUCCUAGCACUGCACUUUAAGGAACAUUUUGUGUGAUGGGGCUCUUGCUUUUACAGGUCCAGUUUUGUUUUCCCUCAGGGCAUGAAUAGAUACUGCAGACUUAAGCUGGUUUUCAGUCCCUUUCUCUGGAUUGUUCUGGGAACUGUAGUUUGGGGCUAGAGCUGUCUCACAAAGUAGAUGGUUCUCUCCUGGACGUUCAAUUUUCAGGAUCCUUUGAAGGGAGCCACUGUAGUUAAACUGGCUGAAAACGGAUACACGUUUUGUAAUCUAGCUGUGGUAUAGGUGAAAGGCAGAUCUGUGUAUAGUCUACAUUUUUAAAAAAAUUAGAAGUAUGAUUUUUUAAAAAAUUAGAAGUAUGAUCCAAAUUCAGCACCAAGAAAGCUGAGUCUUUUUCAGGAAGUUGCAAAUUGGGUAGAUGUGCCCACUUAGGCAUACUGUAUUCUGCUUUUCUUGUCCUGCCCCAUGACUCUAAACCUAAUGGCUUAUUAAAUAUCCCUGGAAACUGCCAAGCAUACUCUGCCCACACAUGUUCAAGUGUAUUUUCAAGCCAUAAGGGCUAGAAGCAUGUUUUUUGUUCAACAGCAAUGAAAGCAGGACUGUUUGUGCGAUGCCACCUUCAAGUGCACAAACUCGGCAUGGCUGGAGUCUCUUUUCCUAUUUGUAAAAUUUCUCAGGAUUCCAGAUAUCGGAGACCAGGUGCCUAAAUACACCUCCCCUCCCCCACCACCACACUUUGUAAUAUGCAUAUAACAUGCUGUGACUUACAGAGGAGCAAGUCUUUCAAUGAGCCCAGUGUCUUUCUCACCUUUUGUGGACUGAAAAAGUCACAAGGAUUUUUAUCAUCCUGCUCUGUUAACCAUGCUCUGAGUCUCCCCUCAAAUGCUCUGUAUUGUCAGGCUGAUGUCUCAUUUGGUUGAAGUGCCAUGAAGAGGCAGAACAUUGGGAAGGGGAAAGAAAGGACAACCUUUAAAAUGAGAACAAAUGUGGGCUGCCCCUUUAAAGGGGGGAGGUGAGUGUGGCAUGAGGGGCACUGUGUGGCUUUCAGUAAGACAAACCUAACCAGAGGAGCUUCGAGAAGGGCACUGUUUGAGACCUGGAAGCAACUGACUCGGCACAAAAGAAUAAGAAGUCAUAGGAAAAUUGUGACGGUUGUGACGGUGGCUUCCCAGCUGGACACAGUGUGAAGUAAAAACUCACAGUAUUAAAACAA